AGCAUGUUGAGGAGACAGUGAUCAGCGAUGACUUGCGUCAAUCGAUAAGAGUAGGGUUGUAGGCACCUUAGAAAAAACCCAAGCAUGCGGAGUUACGAUCGAUUGUGAAAUAUAAAAACUUGAUCAACGUGGGAUGUCGUGCUACCUGUGGCAUCUUUUUCUUCUUUAUCAACCAACUCAUCGAAUUGUCAUGGCUGCUGCCGUCGUCGUUGCUGUUCCAGUGUGUCCAAAAGAGUCUGUCCCAGAACCACCAAAGAAUGCCGGAGUCGUCUGCGCCGUUUGCGGUUCCAGGAAGCAUAUGACCACACUGUCCGGUCUCACCCCGAACAUAAGAGUAUACCCUGCUGGAGAGGAGGACCUUUAUAUUUUUCAUUUCAGCUAAUCCCCCGCCGCCCCAAUCAUCAUGGAAAAAGGAGCAGUGAUAGACGAAGUGAAGCAGAGAGGGAGAAGAGAAUCAAAAAAUCUUAGACAAUCAUCAAGCAUCAUUCCCCCACUCUAAACUAGAACUUUUUUCUUUUAAAAACAUCGCAUUAACUUAUUCCCAUCAUUCACUUCCUCUCUUUUCACUUUGUACAAACCACGAAUUUCUUAUAAUUUCAGUAAAAGAGUUUGGAAGCUCAUUUUCAAAAAAAAAAAAAAUUUUGUGUGCACCCAAA